AUGGAGGAGGGGAUUGACGAUGAUGAAAUCACAUCGGAACAAUGGCAAGAAGCUUGCUGGGUUGUUAUCAGUGCAUAUUUCGAUGAGAAGGGACUUGUACGGCAACAACUUGAUUCGUUUGAUGAAUUCGUGCAGAUGAACGUUCAGAGGAUUGUUGAAGAUGCUCCUCCAGUGGAACUUCAAUCGGAGGUUCAACACAUCUCCGGCGAUAUUGAGAAUCCGACGAAAUUUUCGCUGAAAUUCCAACAAAUCUACUUGUCUCGGCCAACUCAUUGGGAAAAAGACGGAGCGCCGGUGCCGAUGAUGCCAAAUGAAGCAAGGCUACGAAAUUUGACAUACUCGUCGCCGCUUUAUGUCGACAUUUGCAAACGAAUCAUCCAAGAUGGAAAUAUUGCUGAGAAGAACUAUGAUAAAGUGUUCGUUGGAAAAGUCCCUGUUAUGCUGAGGUCAAGUUACUGUGGCCUCUCGCAAAUGACAGAUCGUGAUUUGACGGAACUGAACGAAUGCCCAUUGGAUCCUGGAGGCUAUUUUGUUAUCAAUGGAUCUGAAAAGGUGCUUAUUGCUCAAGAGAAAAUGGCAACAAAUACAGUUUAUGUGUUCUCCAUGAAAGACGGAAAAUUUGCGUUUAAAACAGAAUGUCGAUCAUGCUUGGAAAAUUCUAGUCGUCCAGUCUCAACAAUGUGGGUUAACAUGCUUGCUAGAAGUGGAGGUGUCGGCGGCGGAAAGAAAACUGCAAUGGGACAGCGUAUUAUUGGAAUUUUGCCGUAUAUUAAACAGGAAAUUCCGAUUAUGAUCGUUUUUCGUGCGCUCGGUUUCGUGUCAGAUCGUGAUAUUCUCGAGCACAUUAUUUAUGACUUCGAGGAUCCUGAAAUGAUGGAAAUGGUCAAACCAUCGCUGGACGAAGCGUUUGUCAUUCAAGAGCAAAAUGUUGCUUUGAAUUUUAUUGGCGCGCGUGGAGCGAAGCCCGGCGUCACAAAGGAGCACCGAAUCAAAUAUGCUCGAGAAAUUCUCCAGAAGGAAUUACUUCCUCAUGUCGGAGUCUCGGAGCAUUGCGAAACGAAAAAAGCGUUCUUUAUUGGUUAUAUGGUUCAUCGUUUGCUUCUUGCGGCGCUUGGAAGACGAGAACUCGAUGAUCGUGAUCACAUUGGAAACAAGCGUCUCGAUCUUGCUGGACCACUUUUGGCGUUCCUCUUCAGAUCCUUGUUUAGAAAUUUGCUCAAGGAGAUGAGAAUGACCGCGCAAAAAUAUAUCAACAAAAACGGAGAUUUUGCUCUUGAAGUUUGUGUCAAAACGUCAACAAUUACUCGCGGGCUGUCAUACUCGCUGGCUACUGGAAACUGGGGAGAUCAAAAGAAAGCCCAUCAGUCGCGUGCUGGCGUUUCACAGGUGUUGAAUCGAUUGACCUACACAGCUACUCUUUCGCAUUUACGUCGUGCCAAUUCUCCGAUCGGAAGAGAAGGAAAAUUGGCGAAACCGCGUCAAUUACACAACACCCAAUGGGGAAUGGUUUGUCCCGCCGAGACUCCUGAAGGACAGGCUGUCGGACUUGUGAAGAAUUUGGCACUUAUGGCUUAUAUUUCCGUCGGAUCCCUACCUGAGCCGAUUUUGGAAUUUUUGGAGGAGUGGUCUAUGGAAAAUUUGGAAGAAGUCUCGCCUUCGGCAAUUUCGGACGCCACCAAAAUCUUUGUUAAUGGUGCUUGGGUUGGUAUUCAUCGCGAUCCGGAUCACUUGAUGUCGACGCUUAAAAAAUUGCGACGACAAAUGGAUAUUGUUGUGUCUGAAGUGUCGAUGGUCCGUGAUAUUCGAGAUCGAGAAAUUCGAAUCUAUACCGAUGCUGGACGUGUCUGUCGGCCUCUCUUGAUUGUUGAAGAGCAAAAAUUGGCGUUGAAACGGAAGCACAUCGACAUGCUCAAGGAUAAUGAUGAAGCGCACAAGUUCUCGUGGUCGGAUCUCGUUGGUGGAGGUGUCGUAGAAUUGAUUGAUUCGAUGGAAGAAGAAACGUCUAUGAUUGCGAUGAUGCCGGAAGAUUUGAAAACUGUGGAAAACCCAUAUUGCAACACCCACACCCAUUGUGAAAUCCAUCCGGCGAUGAUUUUGGGAGUGUGUGCGUCGAUUAUUCCAUUUCCCGAUCACAACCAAUCGCCACGUAACACUUAUCAAAGUGCAAUGGGUAAGCAAGCUAUGGGAGUUUACACAACCAAUUUCCACGUGAGAAUGGAUACACUUGCGCAUGUACUAUAUUACCCUCAGAAACCACUUGUAACGACAAGAUCAAUGGAAUAUUUGAGAUUCAACGAACUUCCUGCUGGAAUUAACGCAAUUGUUGCAAUUUUGUCUUAUUCUGGAUACAAUCAAGAAGAUUCUGUUAUUAUGAACAGUUCGGCUAUUGAUCGUGGAUUGUUCAGAUCGGUAUUCUAUCGCUCUUAUCGUGAUAAUGAAGCGAAUUUGGACAAUGCAAAUGAGGAAUUGAUUGAGAAGCCAGUUAGAGAAAAAUGUUCUGGAAUGAGACAUUCAUUAUAUGAAAAGCUUGAUGAGGAUGGGAUCAUUUCUCCGGGAAUGCGUGUUUCUGGAGACGACGUCAUCAUUGGAAAAACAGUCGCCUUGCCACAAAUUGACGAUGAUUUGGAUGCGACGGGCAAAAAGUAUGAGAAACGCGAUGCUUCGACUUUCUUGAGAAGCUCGGAAACUGGAAUUGUUGAUCAAGUGAUGCUUUCAUUGAAUAGCGAUGGAAACAAAUUUGUGAAAAUUCGUGUGCGUUCGGUUCGUUUGCCUCAAAUUGGUGACAAGUUUGCAUCUCGUCACGGACAAAAAGGUACCAUGGGUAUUAUGUACCGACAGGAAGACAUGCCAUUCACGUGCGAAGGCCUUACACCGGAUAUCAUCAUUAAUCCUCAUGCUGUCCCGUCUCGUAUGACAAUCGGCCAUCUUAUUGAGUGUUUGCAAGGAAAACUCUCGGCGAAUAAGGGUGAAAUUGGAGAUGCGACGCCAUUUAACGACACAGUCAAUGUGCAGAAAAUUAGUAAUCUUUUGAAUGAAUAUGGAUAUCAUUUGAGAGGAAAUGAGGUUAUGUAUAAUGGACACACUGGAAGCAAGCUGACAACACAGAUUUUCUUCGGACCCACCUACUAUCAGCGUUUAAAGCAUAUGGUCGAUGAUAAGAUUCACUCGAGAGCGCGUGGACCGAUUCAGAUGAUGAAUCGUCAACCAAUGGAAGGAAGAGCGCGAGAUGGAGGAUUGAGAUUUGGUGAAAUGGAGCGAGAUUGUCAAAUCUCUCACGGAGCAACGCAAUUUUUGAGAGAAAGACUAUUUGAAGUUUCUGACCCAUAUCAUGUCUACAUUUGCAAUAAUUGCGGAUUAAUUGUGGUGGCCAAUUUGAGGACGAAUAGCUUUGAAUGCAAGGCGUGUCGCAACAAGACGCAAGUAUCGGCGGUGAGAAUCCCAUAUGCGUGCAAACUGUUGUUCCAAGAACUCAUGUCGAUGUCGAUUGCACCGCGAUUGAUGGUCGAAGCGGCCAAGUGA